AUCUUCAUUAAUGAGUGUGUCUGUAUUUGAGCCGAGUAUUCUCUUGAACACAGAGACUUUUGUGAAAUUCACGGAGUCAGGUGACUUGAAAAAGCUUCUAGGACAAUGGUAUCAUGCAUGUAAAACGAACAGCCAUUCGCAAGUGGUUACUUUCCUCGGAUACUUAAGGUCCAUCACCAACAAAAUCUCAUCUGAAUCAAUUCACAAUGAUCAGAUCAAGCAAUUCUACCUUGAGUUUGUGGAUCCUACCAAUAUAAAGAUGGUUUACAGAUGCUUGAAUCAAAAGAAAAACAGCAUCACGAUCCCAACACUAUCGAUUCUUCAAGACAUGGUUUCCUAUAGGUUGGUGAAUGAUCUUUUGAAUGGCUUUGAUAUAUCCACCAAUAUUCUUCCUGGAUUAUUGUUGAAGGAGGACUCAAUAAGGUCGAACUUUAUUCGUUUCUGGCUUCAUUUGAACACACACAUGAACUAUUUUGACAGAAUGAACUACUUGGGGUUGAAAGUAUGGAUUAAUAUCUUCAAGUAUAUGGCCAAUGAUCCUCCCGAAAUAGUGGCUUUGCUUGUGCAAUUCCUUGAAGCAAAGAUACUUAACGAACCAGCGUUUAGGCGAUCAACUAAACUCAAACUUUUCAAUGAGACUUGCUUAUUUAACUUACAAGCCAAUAUGGACAAGUUUAAAUUAUUCCCUUUAUUCAAGAAAAUAGUUGACCCUAAAACGGGAAUCUUAUUUUUGGAUGCACCCAAUACCACGGCGACUGUGAAUAACAAAACUUUCAGAAUCAAUAACAAAGUUUUAUAUAAUCUUUUGACAUUUGUGAAGUUGGACUCUAUCAGUAAAGUCAAUUUGGUGCACUUGAUUUUAUCCAAAGAUUACAAACUCAUUGAUCCAUACAUGAACCGCUUAUUGAUCAAUGGAGGUUAUCAUGAUCCUAAUUUGACUAGCUGGUACCUUAGUCAUACUUUGUUGUAUACAAAAAUCCUCCAGUUACCCACAUAUGAUUUACAAAACGUCUUAUUAAAACCAUUGUCCAAAGCCAGUUUGACCAAAGGUAUCAAAUCAAAAUCAAAUCUUAUUAUCCAGCUUAACUUGCAGAUUAUUUAUUUGAUGUUGAAGAAACUAGAUCAUAUUGAAGACCAAUUGGUGAUCAACAGCGUAUUCAAGAAUCUACCAGAAUUGAGUGAUUUAAUCAUCAGCAGUAACGUUCAAACCGUCAACUUGAUGGUGUUGAAAAUCCUUGAAAUAUAUUCCAAGUAUCAAAACUCCUUGAACACCUCAUUGAACAAGUACGUUAGUACCAUUUUAAGUGAGGCCACGGAGAACUUCACUAAGUUAAACUUAAUCAAAUUGAACUUCAUAAUAUCCAUCCAGUUAAACUUAUCUAAUAAGUUUGACCUCAAGCAAAAUAGCUUGAUAUUGAAACUAGUCAAGUUCUCAAUCAUUGACAAGAAUGCAUCAUUCUUUCAUGAUAUGAUCAACAAGCUUGUUGAGAUUCCUAAAGUGACAUUAUUGAACCCUAUGUACUCAUUGCUUUACAGUCAAGUCCCAGAAGAAUUAUUGCCUUCUUUGAAUGAGCUGUUAACAAGACUCAAUAACCCAUAUCUGUAUUAUGACUUACCCAUUGAAACAAAUGUCUUUGUCAAGAUUUUGGUAGAACAAUUCUCCAUUUACUUCAAGAAGAACAACAAUAGUGGUCUAGAAUGGUUUGAAAAGUUUCUUACCAAUCUUUGCAUUAUAGGUGAGGAUUUCAAUCAAUUAAAGAUGUUACUUGAUCAUUUUGGUAUCAAGUGUAACCCAACUCUCCAAAACAUUGAAGAUCCCAGCAUCAUAAAGAAUGAUUUUGAACUUUUGUCAGUGAUUUAUAACAUCAAAUUAUCCACCAGUGAAAACUAUAUUGUGGAUGCAUUUGGGAGGUUACAAAACUACACUGUAUCGAACUCAGAAUUUGUUCUGAACUUCUCCAACUUAUCUUUUUUCAAGCUUCUAGCUUUUGAGGAUGACUUCAAGUUGCAGUGCUUCAAUCAGUUGAUAAAGCCAUUGGAAAUUGACUUCAACUCAGAGAUUAAAAGUUAUGUGUUUGAGAAAUUGAAGUCCACAAGUAGCUUUUCAGCCUUGAGCUGGAUUCUUAAUGAAGAGCAAUUAAAUUACCAAGGAUUCAACGAAGAUAUUCAGUUGGUCAACUUUGAACUUUUGAUUUCAAGAAAUCAGAAACCAAACAUCGAGAUUGAAAAGCUUUUUCGGUUCAAUAACGACAAGAAGUAUGAUAUAAUCAAGUUCUUGUUGACACCUGAUAACGUGUCAAAACACAUUGGUAAGAUCAUUGUAUCAGGUAAACUUGAAUUAUUGAAUGAAAUUGAACUAGAUUGUUCUCUGAUUCAGUACUUGAACCAGUUGGAUUUAUCUAAUAUUGAAUUGUGCAAAAUUGGGGCUGCCCUUUUACCAACAGAAAGUUUAGCUGACUUCUACAAAAACAUAAAUGUGUCGGAAACAGGUUUGUCCUUCUACCAAUUCCUUCAAUUGGUAUGGAAAUCUUUACCGUUCAGGAGCUUUGACUCAGAUAUCGUGGUUUCUUUACUUCAAAAGGCAUCUAAUUAUUCGGAUACCUUUUGUCCUGCCUUUGUCAACGUCUUAAAUGAAUUGAAAGUGCACAACAAAGAAUGGCUUUCAAAUUCAAUGAUUUAUAUCACCAAGCAGUUUGCGGAAAGAGACGAAUUAUCAGAUGAGUUCUACGACUUCCUAGAACAAUAUAUCAAACUUUUGCCAGUGAGCGUACCUGUCAAUGUCAUCAAUUCCCAAUUGGAAGUGUUGUUGAGUUCAAAGUAUAUCAAUUCCAAGUUUCUCAGUUACAUGAACAGCGUCAUUUUGUCAGAGCCCAGAAUUGAUUUCGACAAAAUGUUAACAUUGUUCAUGAACAAUCCGAACAACUGCUUGAAUGAGUUCUCACACCCAUCCAAACAGUUUACCAGAAUUGAGUCUAGUUUAGUUGUUUACAACUUAUUCAAUUUGGGUGCCAGUCACAGUGUUCUCAACAACUUAAUAUACUGGUACAAUGGUUCCAUAGCAUUUGAAGAUUUGAUCAUUAAGAAAAUUCUUGUGAAAAUGGAGUCCGUGCAACAGAAGAGUUGGAUGACUGAUAGAUGGAACUGGGAAAUCAAUGAUUUUAAAGAAAGUGAUUUCGACUUGGUGGGUAAACAACCUUUGUUUUCCAAUGAUUUGAUCUCAUUAAAUAAGAACUUUAUUAGCAACUGCUCGAAAAACUAUCAACCGUUGGAUGUUCCAAGCCAAUACAAAGAAAUUGUUGAUUUCGUUAACAAGAACUACUUCAAGGUCAAUUAUGAGUAUUCGGAAACUGUAUAUGAUUACGAGUUUCUUCUACUCUUGACUAUCAACAAUGAAGAAUUCUUCAAGUCUCAAGAUGAAACCUUGCAAGUGAAUAUGAAAAACUUGAUUGAAUAUAGUAUAUUGGAAAUAUUGGUGAAGAAUUUCAACAGUCCAUUGUGCAAGGUCAUUGUGGGUAACAUAAUAAAGAAUAUUGAUAACGACAAGGGUUUCAAGGACAUUACUUUAUUCAAGAUCUAUUUGUCCAAUUUGUUCAAUUGUUCUCAAUUGACAGGAGUUCAACUUACACUUUAUGCCAACUUGAUUCCAAUUUUAUCCAACCCAGGCCAUUUCCUCUAUGAGUUGGUGUUUAAGUACGUCACUUCUCAUCCCAGGAUUGGCCCCAAAGAUAUGCCAUUGUUCUUUAAAAUCAAGAGUGAGUCUCUUAAGACUAUUGAAUGGUACAUAUCUGGCAUGACCAUCACUACUGAUGAUUUGCAACUUUUGAACACCAACCAGUUCUUUGAAUGGAUCUUGACAUUAUUGAAUACUCCUGGAAAGGUUGAAAGUCUUCAUAAAACCAUUCUUAAAACCAUUUUCAUGUUGCCUGAUAUCAAUUACGGGUCUCUUUCCUUAAUUACAAGGAAUGGAAUCUUAAGUUAUUUGGAACAAAUCAGCAGUGGACACACGAACUUGAAGUUAAAUUUACAAGAAAUUGCCCAAAAAUUAGAAAUUAGUGCAUCAAAACGUACUUUAGAAUGGUCUAAUUAUGAUUUAGUUAAUGUCUCAAAGAGACUUAAAUUAUAAUGAUAAUUAUAGACCUAUUUACAUGCCAUUCAUAUAGUUAGAAGCAUUCAAAGAGAGCUUAGACGGGAUUACUUUCCGUGCUUCGGUUGAUUUCAUCAAAUUCUCCACGAUAAUAACAUAUGCGUACACCUUUAUCAAAUGACCUCUGCUUAGGUUGUUUAAAUCCUCUGAUAAAAGACUCAAUAGUUCUUCAACAUGGGAGAGUUUAGCAUCAUAUAUGGAUCUGUUAAGUAUUGGAUACCUCACCUUAAAAUCUCUCCAUGUAAGGAUACUUUCAAACAAUUCAUAUUUGGUCAAUGAGACUAUUUCAAUACCAAAUAAAGCAGUUAAAUCGAGUUUCUCAUACUCAAACCAGACAGAAAGAAGCCACAAAUCGUAUAACUCCACAUCGAGUAAAUCACUCAAAAGAGUUUCUUUCACAUCAUCCAGUUUGCAUAUGCCACUGAUGAGUGCCGAAGCUAGGUGUAUUUCUCGAGAAGUACCGUCUUCUAUCAAUAUUGGAAGGAAGCUGUUGGGGGAGCCAAAAUAAGACAUUUUCAUGAUUGAGUGACCGGAAUCACCAGAAUCACCUUGGCAAUUUGGUAAUUUCAAGCCAUGCUUAGAACAUAGGUGUAAUGUGACCGCCAAUGAGAGAGGAUCGGUUGGGAUGUAAUUGUCUUGGUACUUGAAUAAAUUAAACACGCCCAAAGUAAAAGCACCUUUUUCGGAUGGAGGGGACCUUUGGAAAUAGAACCUAUUUCGCUCAAUAGAUUGUUGUAUUAUGGGUGUAGAGUUUGGAAGUGAAGGAUAUUCCACCACGGGGAAAGUCUCAAACACUUUCUUAAGAACUGUAGGAACCUGCACCAUUAGAAGUAACACAAAAUUUUCGC